CCGCCCCGGGGCGCGGAACCGGGGGCGCGAUGCGGGGCCGGGGCGCGGGCGGCCGGGUGUGAGGCGAGCCAUGGCCAACGUCAAGGUGGCCGUGCGGGUCCGGCCGCUGAGUAAGAGAGAGAGUGCAGAAGGAGGAAGAGUGAUUGUAGAAGUUGAUGACAAAGUAGCAACAGUAAGAAAUAUAAAGGCUGACAGUAGGCUUGAUGGCACUUGGGACUCAAGAGAUAAGACCGUGGCCUUCAGUUUUGAUUACUGCUAUUGGUCAGUUGAUCCUGAAGACCCAAAAUAUGCAUCUCAGGAAAUGGUGUUCCAGGACCUUGGCACUUCUGUGUUGUCAGGUGCAUUUAGAGGAUACAACAUCUGCCUUUUUGCAUAUGGGCAAACAGGCUCAGGAAAAACUUACACAAUGAUGGGAACACCUGCAUCCAUUGGGCUGACACCUCGUAUAUGUGAGGGCCUCUUUUCAAGGAAAGAUGAUUACUCAGACCAGACAGCAUCUUGCAGAGUAAAGGUCAGUUUUCUAGAAAUAUAUAAUGAGCGCGUCCGAGAUUUGCUAAAACAGUCGGACCACAAGAAACCUUACACACUCAGAGUCAGAGAACACCCUGAAACAGGACCAUAUGUUCAAGGAUUAUCUCAACAUUUAGUUACAGACUACAAGCAAGUUGUAGAACUUCUUGAAGAGGGAAUAGCUAAAAGAAUCACAGCAGCUACACAUAUCCACAAUGCCAGCAGCAGAUCCCAUGCUAUCUUCACCAUCCACUAUACUCAGGCUAUAUUAGAGAACAAUCUCCCCUCUGAAAUUGCAAGCAAGAUCAAUUUAGUGGACCUUGCAGGCAGUGAAAGAGCUGAUCCCAGCUACUGUAAAGAUCGAAUUACAGAAGGUGCCAAUAUUAAUAAAUCAUUGGUUACACUUGGAAUUGUCAUCUCCACUUUAGCACAAAAUUCACAGAUGUUCAGCAGCUGCCAGAGCAUAAACACCCUAACAAGCGAAGGGGAGAGCAGUCAUAUGGAUAGCCCUUCCAUGGCCAGUGGCAGUGUCAGACGGCCGGCUUAUAUCCCAUAUCGUGACUCCAUCCUCACCUGGCUUUUGAAGGACAGUCUGGGGGGCAACUCCAAGACCAUCAUGAUUGCCACUAUUUCUCCUGCCAGCUCCAGCUACAAUGAGACCAUGAGUACCUUGAGAUAUGCUUCAAAUGCCAAAAAUAUUAUUAACAAGCCCAGAGUGAAUGAGGAUGCAAAUGUAAGACUGAUUAGAGAACUGCGAGAAGAAAUUGACAGAUUGAAAACUAUGCUGAUAAGCUUUGAACUGAGGAAUUCUAGUCCUUCUUGGAGUGAUGACAGGGAUGGAAAUUUGACCGAGCUGGUUCUUCAGAAUGAGAUGAAGAUUGAGCAACUGACCAAAGACUGGACAAGUAAGUGGAUGGACAGGAAGGCCAUCAUGGAAGAAUACAGUGUGGACAUCAACAAAGAAAAAGCUGGAGUAACAAUAGAUUCCAGUUUACCUCAUCUAAUGGCCAUGGAUGAUGAUAUCCUCAGCACAGGAGUGGUGCUGUAUCAUCUCAGGGAAGGAACAACCAAAAUUGGAAGGAGUGAUUCAGACCAAGAUCAAGACAUUGUUUUGCAGGGGCGUUGGAUUGAAAAAGACCAUUGUGUGAUAGACAACAUCUGUGGGAUUGUAACCUUGCGACCAGUUCAGGGCGCACGCUGCACUGUGAACGGAUGCGAAGUCACUGGAUCAUGUCGUCUAUCGCAAGGGGCCCUUGUUGUCCUUGGCAAGUCUCAUAAGUUUAGAUUCAAUCACCCAGCAGAAGCUGCUGUCUUAAGGCAAAGAAGAUCAAUUAAUGAUAUCCCACCCAUUCUGAGCUGUAGAGCUUUGGACUGGCUCAACUUGGAUGGAAGUUGCACCCAUUCUCCUCAUUAUAUCCUUUCUUCCCUAGAAAAUCAAAAAUGUACCAACUGUAAAGAAAACAAAUGUCCUGAAAUAAGCAGAGAGAUAGAUGCUGUGCAUGAGGAGUACCAGCAGAAACUGAGAGACCAGGAAGCUUUCCACAGAAAACAAAUUCAACGGCAGCAACUCUAUGUUGAGGAUUUAAAGCAGCAGAUCCUCAGAGGACAGAUCAAAGCAGAGCGGGAACUAGAAAAUGACCAAGCACUCAUCAACCAGCAGAUCCGAGAAGACCAGCAGUGGCUUAUAAAUGAGAACAACCGACUAGCUGCCCUUCAGCAACAACAGAGAGAGUUUGCAGUGCAAACAGAAUCUACACUGUAUGCAGAGGCUGAGGUGCAGAGUAGCAUUGGGCAGGAAAUCUGCCCUUCCCUGCUACAGCAGAACAAGAAGACACUGGUGCAGCUGGAGCUCUUGCGAAGGUACUCCUUAAAAAAGGCAGAAAGAAACAUUAGACGGAAAAAGGUCAAAUUCCAGCUGGAAAGGAUAGUCAAGAAGCAGAAAUUAUUGGAAGCCAAACAAAAUCUAGAGCAGCUGGAAGCUAGCUGCUGGCUCAGUGAAGUGUGUGUGAAACAACCCCGAGUCCUAAACCAAAAUAUUGCAGUGCAGGCCUCUCAGGAUCACCCAUUACAAACCAGGAGGAGGUCAUUGGGUUCAAGUUCCUUGCAACACAGGCAGUAUUCAUUCUGUAACCUCCAUCGGCCCCAGGUACCCAGCUGUUUGUUGAAGGGGGAGACUAUCUCAAAGUUAUCUACCUCACCAAAUACCGAUCAAUGCUGUGAAGGCAAUGCAUCUGAGAAGUUGUCAUCUGUAAAAUAUCCUUACAGAAAAGUUAAAGAUGUUUCCAGGGUUGAUGACCUUAAUGAUGAAAAAGGUAUCUCCUUUUUAGUACAGAAGCAGCUAAUUGAAAAACAAAAAGCAUCCUCGUUUAGAAGUAAAAAAGGAACAGAAAGGGACUCUAAUGAUUCAGCUAUCAUGGCUCAUAUCAGUAAAAAUGAUGAAGAAAUGGAAGAGCUGGAUGAUAGCAAAGGGCAAGCUGGAUGUCAAAAACAGACUUCUAAGGGCUCCUCUCCUGAUCAUUUUAAGGAGAAAGAUGAGCCUCAAACCUUCAUUACAGGGACAAGAAUGACAAAAGCAAAAGUGCCAGGAGAUUUGAGUCAGCCUACAAAUAGCUAUCUAGAACAAAACAGAGCUCAGGUAUCCAAUAAAAAGACUAGAAUGGAUAUCAACAGGAAGGGCCAUAGUUUUCCAGAAAAUUUUGCUAAAGAAAUGAAGAAAGAAGUAGUAUAUGGAAACCUGCCAUCAGCACAUCUAAACCAAACAGCCAAGAAUCUGAAGAGAGAGCUAACCUCAGCCUUGCCAAAUCAUGAGAAAUCGUCAGUGGAACAGCAGAAAUUUCUGAUGGUAGCAACAUCAGUUGGAAAUCUCACUAAGAUGAACACACAGGCACCACUCUCUUAUGCUGAAAAAAAAUGGCACAGUGCUGAGCUGUUAAGUGCUGGAGUGUCCAAAACAUCCACAGAUAUGCUGGGGAACUGGCAAGAAGAUGAUGAAAAUGAGAUUUCUGAUACUGACAGUUCCUAUUCUGUAGAUUCGCUCUCCUGUGCUUAUGCAAAAGCUUUUGCAGAGAAAUUGCAACAAGAAGAUUUCCACAGAAAUAAAUGUUUUGCCAACCCAGAAGAUUCUGAAAGCGAUGACAGUCAAAUGUCACAAGACUCUCUGGUGGAAAAGGAAAAUAAAGUCAAAAUGCAAAAUAAAAGCCAGUUUCACAAGUUAAAGGUCCCCCAUCAGCCAGCUAGGCUUUACAAAAGCCGAACUGAACACCAUCUUUCAUCUUUGGUGACAUCCUAUGCAUCACAUAGGAGACUGGGAAGAGCCGAAAGAAGCUUUUCUCUGGACAGCUUGGGUGAUGGAGAAGAGGUACCAGCAGAAGACCCAGUAGAAGAAACUAAAUCUGAUUCAUCUGAUGAAGUGCCAGCAGAGAUUUUUUGGAAGUUACAAACUCCAACAUCACCAACGAUACAGACUGAGGAAGACUGUGAGUCCAAGAUCUGUGAUAGAGAUACAGAAGGAACAAAUUACAACCUGAAGCUGAGUAGUUCCUUCUAUUUGGACACUAAAUCACAACCUGCUUCCAGUAAUGCUUGCAAGCAGUUUCUGAAGGAGGCAACGGUCUCUUUUGUAGAACAAGAAAGGUCACUUGAUAGAAGACUAUGUUAUGGUCUUCCUGUGGCUGCUCAGUCUUCCUGUGACUCAAAGGUUGAAAUCGGUAGCCCCAGAAUAACAGUACCUUCUUCCCAUGAAAAUCUGGAAUUUCAAAAUGCUUGUCUCUACUCUUUGAGCAAACCAGAGGGUUGGCUGAAGAAAGAUGACCUACAACAGUCAGCUGCUGAAUUUUCUUUUGUUUCUGGCUCUAAGCAGAUACACAGCAUUACUCAUUUAUCGCAUAGUAUAAAUGAAAUAAACUCAGCUUUCUCCUCUGACACAUCAGAAAUACCUUUACCUGAAACAACAACAGCUGCAAGCAGAGUUUCUGAGGAUGGAUCAUUAAAUAGGAUUGCUGAGGAAUGGACAAAUGCUAAUGAAAAUUCUCCAUUGGAAUCUCAAGACAUAACAUCCUCAUUUGUUAGUUCAGUAGGACCAAGCUCUUCAUUUGUUUGCAUUUCAGCAAAACCUGAUUAUUACGAACAUUCAAUGUCAAAUUGUGCUGAACAAGAACAACUGAAUGAAUUAUCUCCUUACAGGUCUACCACCGAAUGCAUACAAACAUUCGGCUGUUUUGAAAAAACCUCCACUGCAGACUGCUUGUCACUGGUACCUGGAAAAGAAGAGGAUUCUCUCCCUACAACUCAUCCAGAGCUGCCAAAAGAUCACAAUCUGGAAAAAGCACCUUUUAUUUCUGUGUUGCCUGUGCAUGUUUUGGAGCAGAGGAAUAGCUGUGUAGAUUCAGAUUUGGAAGAUGAUUUAUUCAGAACUAUUGAAAAAGAUGACGUGGAUGAUGACUACAAUAACUUGACAGAAUCAAAGAUAACAGAUUUGAACACUGGAAGUGCAUCUGUCAAUUCUCCUGCUGCUGGAUCUUCCACACAACUUACUUAUAACAUGGCCUCAACACAGAGUUCUGCAGUAAAAGUUCAGUUUGGAAACCAUGCGCAGCUUUUUCCAAGAAGGGAAAUACCAAUAUGUUGUGAUGAAGGUUUCUUUCUCAGUAACUUAACAAAUCAGAACUGCUCUCCAGGAAGCAUUUAUGAGCUUCAGGUAUUGGCUAGACAAGGAGCAGAAUCAGCUGUUACGCUAGGUUCCCUCAGGUCUGGAGAGAGUAAUUUGGAAACAAUGCAAGAUACAGAUUAUGAACAAAUAUCUGUAGAAGAAAUAACCGUAGACACAGAUUUUUCCUCAAAGAAGGUAACAUAUAAAUGUAACCCUUUAGUUCUUGCUUACAGUGCAAGUUAUGAUCAAUCUGCAACACCAGUAGAGUUGUCUCAAAAAGAGAACAUCUGUAUGGAAACAAGCACAGAUAGCUUGGCAGAGAUUGUGUCAGAAGCACCUUCAUUCAGAGAUGAUGAAGAAUAUGAACCAAAGGAUCCAGAGUUGUCUUCAUCGAAUUGUUAUGAAUUCAAAAGCAAACCUGUUCCAAAAAAUUGCUCCCCUGAAUGUGUGCUAGCAGAUGGUCCUGUAGGCUGCUUAUCCCAACAUAUUUCAGAAAACUCUACAUUGUGCGCUGACAAUAUAAGAGCAGAAAGCAGGGAAAGCAAUUCUCAGGAUGUAGUUCAGAAGGAGUUUCUACCCAAAUAUAAAAACCUAAUGGUAAAUGAAGCAAGUUAUCUCACGGUGAAUGUAAAUGAGAAGGACGCUGAGUCCUUCCCUGCUGCUCUUUGUGAGAGUACAAAUAAUUUGCUCCCAGAAUCCAAUUCAAGUGUAUUUUACCAAGCUUCAUCAAAAGUUAAUCUUUUUCAAAGUGCUUCUGAGACUGAAAAUUGUGAUGCUACAUCUAAUCAUACUAUGGAAGUCAGUACCUCAAAAAGUUGUUCUGACAUAGAUUCCAGCUGCCUUUGUACUACAUGUUCUUCAAAAUCAACAGGGGAGAAAAACAGUAUGUAUAAGCUGACUGACAUUUCUGUGGAAUUUGAUGCAACCAUUUCAUUGGAAACAAAAACAAAGAAUAAAUCUUUACUUGAAUCAAGAGAAGAGAAAGAAGCCUGUUUUGAAAGUAAUUGCCCAGAGGGCAUUUUACUUGAAGAUCAUGUAAACUCAGAAUUGGGAAGAGUGUUUGAAUACAACACAAAUAAGUUGGCUAUUGUUUCUCAAGAGGAGAGUCUGUAUAUAAAUAAAGAAUACAGGUUUUUAAGAAACCCAGAAACUGAUCCAGAAGAAGCUAUGGUUCCUUAUCAGAAUACAAAAGCCAACACUGAUGAAGAAGAGACAAAGCUGAUGAAUAGUGCAGUCAACUUAGAAAAAAACAUGUUGGAAAUUAAAUCUGGACAGGUAGCAAGUUUACCUGACUACCCAGUACCCAAAGCCCAAAGUGUAACUGCAGAUGGGAGUGCAGAGAAUUUUGCAAGCAUCAAUCUAUCUCAAAAUCCAAAUAAACCUAUUGAUACUGUAGCUUCUGAAGUUCAAUGUGAGGUUUAUACAAACCUGUGCCUGACACAUGAAGAGGCAGAGAAAGAUGAAUCACAGGUAGGUAGCACUGAUGUGGAACACACUCAGGAAUCAAAAGCACUCAUGUGUUCUGGUAGCUGUCUUAAAACAAACAGCUUUUGCCCAAAAGAGAAAAGUGAGAAAAUCGAAAUUGCUAUUUAUUCACCAGAGCUUUCUGUUUCUCCCCAAAACACUCCUUCAGCUAUGUGUUCCCACACAACAGAUGUUACACAGAAUACUUUAGGCUUCCUUGAUGCCUGUGAAGGGCUUUUACACAUAAACAAAACAAUAGAAAAUGUGUCUGAUAUGGAGGACGUAGCUGCAACAGUACUAAUCACAGGUAGGCAAGGAAAUAUUUUAGAAAAAAAUGAAAAUGAAAAGCAAGUAGAGUCUAGCAAUUUAACUGAACAUUUUAUACCAAAUUGCUUGCCCAAUGAAAAUUUUGACCAGGAAAACAAGAUUAGUGGAUGUGACGUGACUGAGAGUAAAGAACAAAUUAUCAUGGCAAACACCGAGGGACCAAUUAUUUUGAAGCAAGAAGACAUAUGCACAGACAAAAAUGUUUUAUUUCCUGAAGAGUCUCCAGCUCUGCAUCAGAUGAAUUGUGAUAGAGAUGACAAAGAAGAAAUUUUAAAUGAGUAUGAGAUCCCUGAAAGAUACCUUACAGCUUCAGGACUAGAACAAAACAUGCUGUCAGUAGAUGAUUCACAAUACUGUGAUCCUAUUGAAAUGAGUGAAGAUCAUGGCUCAGUGGAGUCUGAUACAAGAGACACAGUGAUGAAAGAUAUUGAUGUAUAUGAAUGUUCAGUUGAUGACAGUAUUAAUAUUGACAAAUAUACAAUUGGGCAAGAAUCUAAACGUCUCCACAUUAAAGAGGACAGCCACAUGUAUAUGAGUUGCUCUAUGCAAUAUCCUGAGCAUGGUACUUCAGAAAAAUUGAAUGAAAGUAUGAUUAGAAAACAUGAAAUUUGUGGAUUGGAUUCCAUAGGCUCCAGAGUUGUUGAUGAGAAAGUGCAUUUGAUGAAUCUAAAACAAAUGGAGAAAACAGACAGAGAAAGGGAGAUGUUUUUGGAAAACACAGAGGAGGUAGAACUGAUCAUUUUACAAAACCUCAGCAAACUAUUCCCCGAAAAUAAAGAGGGUUGCCAUGAUGAUAGUAGACUAGAUGAAAUCUUAAGAGAAAGCCAGUGGGUGUCUACCAGCUUUUCUGGAAGCAACGAAGAAACCAACAAGCAAAAUCCACCAGCAACACUGAAAUCUACCAACAACAUCCACAAAGAUUCAGAUAAAGACUCUCUGUGUGAGUCUGUAAAUCAACUUUUCUACCUUGGAGUAAGUGAUAAUUCCCAUGUUGUUCCAGAUGUUCCCACUGCAUCAAAACAGCAUACAAAACCAUCUAAUAGCUGUGCUGGAACAGGAGCGGUUCUUCCUUACUAUGAAACACUAGUGGAGAACGAAGUCUGUGUCAGUACUCCAGAUAAAACAGUCAACAAAGAGGGAGCUGACACAUCUCUUUCUGAUAAAAUUCAAAGUAGAAAUGAAGUUUUCCCACAAAACAGGACUACGCUGGACAGACAGGAGGAAGAACCCUUUGUAUUUAACAAUACACCCAAUUCUGCACCUGGGCAACCUGUCAGUGAGAACAACUCUUCUGUGCCCUAUUGUGUGGGCAGUGAUGAAUCUGAAACUGUUGCACUUAAGCAAGGAGCAGAAGAAAAUCCAUUUUCCUUGGAAAAAAUAGAUUUGUCUGAAGAUAUAAUGUGGGAUAUUAGCAGCUCCCAUGAGGAACCCAGUGUGGAUUUAAUGGUUAACAAAAUAUCAAAAGACUGCUUUAAUUCCAUGGAAGAACAAUAUCAAGAGGAAAAGGAUACCAUCAUGCCCAGUUCACUGCACUUGGAUAAUUCAAACCUGCUUUCUUCUUCAGAGAAAGAAGUGACGGAAGACAUAGGGGAAAAAGCAAAGCAUUCUACACUGGAAAUCUCUUCUCAAAAAGUGUUUCACAAUAUUAGUAUGACUGAGACAGAACUUCACUCAGGGAGUCUAUCACAACAUGAUGACAAGGAGAAAUGCUUAAACACAAGUUGUAGUACAACAAGCAGUAAAAAUGAUAAUGCAGGGUUUCCUGGUAUAUCUGGAUAUCAGCGUGAGCCAAGAGAAAAUGAGGGACACAGGACUUCAGAAGAGUGCUGUGUAGACUGUCCAGAGAGCAACAUUUCUGAGAACAUUUCUACCCUUUCAGAAAGUCUGAACAAGUCUCUGUGGGAAAAUCCACAUUCUAAGAAAGAGCUUCUAAAUUACAAGAGCAACCCUGGUCUCAUGCAUAGCCCAGUAUCAUUUGCAGAUUUUUUGAUUGACAGCAAUGAAGACAAAUGUAAAAAUGAUGCUGUUCUCUCUGAAGAAACAAAAUACUUUGAAAGAGAAUCAAUUGAUUUAAGCGUAUCUGUAACUUUUCCUGAUGUUUCUCAAAAAGGAGAUGAAAGGAAUAAUAAUUCUGCAGUAACAGAGGCCACAGAUGCUCGGAAUAAAAAACGCCCUGAAGAAGCUGUGGAAACAGAUCAAAAUGGGAAAAAAAUUCAAGGUUCUUUCCAGAAUUGCAAUGAUACUAAAGAAAACAAAAUGCAUGAGUACUUAGAGCACUACAGUAACACUUCUGGUAUGACUGUACCAGAAUCAGGCAUGCUUGCUUUUCAAAGCCUAGGGAAGAUUGGCAGUAAAGAAUCAAAGCGUUUUCCAGGCUACUUUGCAGAAGAUGCUCCAACAGAUAAACUGUUUCAAAGUUGUAAAAAUUUUAGUGCUUUUGAUACUUGUUUACUUGAUGACUCAAAAUCUCUAAUGUUUAGUCAUCUUGAGGACUCACUUCAGGACACCGUUUUGACCGAGCAAGUAUCCUCAGGUUCUGCAGAUGUGCACUCUGUAAAAGAAGAUUUUCGCCAAACAUGUGCAAAAGUUAAUUACCCGUCCUUAACAGCAUUUUCAGAAUCUUCUUCAGCUGCAGAUAUAGACCAUGGUGUAACUGGCGCAUGUGGUAUUUCACAUACCAGCAUAUUAAAACAUCCUCCAUUUGCUGUUUUACAAAUGCAAGACACUCAGUCUGAUAAGUCUGUGGUAUUUGAUGAGCCAGUGCAUGCUUCAGGAAGUAUUUUACUUUCUCUUGCAAAAGAAAACAGGCAUUAUCCAGUAUCAGACGCAGACUCUACUUUGUAUGAAAAUUCCACUGUAGACAUGGAACCUGUAUAUGGAAGUAAUUGUCAACAAUUUGACAAUGAUAUCAAAGUUGAUCAGCACCACUGGGGUAAAGUUCUAGCACAGAAAGCUUGUACAGAACACAGAAAGUUAGUUUCAGAUGAUGCUGACUCUCUGUCAUUACCUCUUUGGGAUACCGGAAGGUCAAUUUUGGUUAAAGAGGGACAAAUGAGAAAAAUACUUAACAGAAAUGAGGAACAACUGCAUUCAAGUACUGAGGCUGAGCAAUCUGUAGUAAAGAAAAAGCAAAGAAAAACAGUAAAUAGAGAAGCUGAAAAGCAAACUAGGGUAUCAUCAGAUUCUACAAGUGAAUUAAUAGACCCACAAGAUGUAACAGAUACAGAUUUUCCAGGAGAUGUUAACAUGGAUCUAGAACGCAUGUGCAGUUCAUUUGGUCCAGCAAACAUAAGCACUGAUCCCAGACAACUGUAUCACACUGUUUUAGGUUUUGAAAAAAGUCCUGCAGAUCUGCAAGGCAAUUGUCAUUACGUGCCUACAGGUGGUGAUAAUCCAGGUCAAACAAAUACAGAUGGUAGAAAACGGAUUUUACUUUGCAAAAAUAAUGCAGAUUCAAGUAUUGAUGCUGGUGCAGAGAGUUGUUCAACAACAGGAGAUGAUGCAGUGAAGAAUGACACUCUGAAAUCAGAAAGACUGAAGUUUUCUUUAAUGAAUAAUGAAAUUAACCCCUUAAAAUUUUUAACAGAAAACCAUGAUUUGCCUACACAAGAAUCCAAAUUGGAACAAUUCAGGAGCAAAAGGUCAUGGUCUACUACCCAGAAUACAAACAACUGUAAGCAAAGUGAACAGAGACCUUAUCUACAAAGUCAUAGACUAUCAGCCCCAGCUAUUGCUGUGUUCUCUGAUCUAGAUUAUACUUCUGAAGCUUCAUCUAAGGUAGAUCCUUUGUUAUAUUCUGCAUCUAAAUCAUUACAAGAUUUAAAUAUGAGUGUAGAGCCUCCAUCACCAACUGAAGAUGAUCUUCACGGAACUGAAAGGUUUUCAAAGCAGGAAUCAAAGAACUUUCUGCAGGUUAAAUCUAAACCCAGAUUUCAGCAAAGAAUGACACAGACUAAGAAGCUUGCAAACUCUGAUCUAAAAAAUGUACAUUAUGCAGCAAGAACCCAAAGCAGCCAGUCUUUAAAAGACAGUACUGUUCAUUCUCCAUCUUUACUGCACACACCUCACAGCUCUGUGGGUGCAGAAGAAAAUACCCAUUCAAAGAGCAGUUCUGUAGCUCAGUGUAGUGAAGGGAGAGUUGAAGAAGCUGGAUACCAGCCAGGAACAGAUAAGUUUUCACAAGACAAUAAAGAUGCAAUGCAUUUUAAUUCAAGUGAUAUCAACCCAUAUAUUCAUCCGUGGCAACAAGAUGAAUUGUGCAAGAUUGGUUGGAAGCAGUAUGUUUUUGGAAGUGCAAGUGAUGUGUCUUGCAAUCAAAUGCCUUUAAACAUGGACAGUCGUAAAGUUACAAGAUGUUCCAGUGUGGACAAUGGAUUGAAUUCUCAGAAUUCUCCUUUUCAUUCUCAUCUCAGUUCAUACGCUACUGCAAAAGUUUUGUCGAGCACUUUGAGCAGCAUUGAAGGCCUUCAAGGAUGGGAUGUCAGACAAGGCUUUGAAUCUGCUUACUCAAGUGACAGUACCAAGCAGUGUAGCAAUGUAUCCAUUGAAACACUGAAAACUAAUCCAGAAAAUAACACUGCUGAAUUUGAGAACCCUUCAGCACAGCCUGGUAACUCGGCAAUGCAGGUUGAUGAAAUUGUACUAUUAUAUCCUUCUGAGUCAGAAAGGUCUUCCAAAAAAUCAUCAGGGAUUACAUGUGAGCAGGGAACACAAACAGUGGCUACAGCAAGGUAUAAAAGGCAGAGAAGACGCCAGAGAAGCUACACAGACGUUUCUGCCAGAAAGCAGGAAACAAACAGAGAUUUACUUCAGCAACAUUCUUCUUGGACAAGUAUGCAGAACCUGUCCAUGCACCUGUCACAGCUUAUCCAGAACACUUCUGAGCUGUUGGGAAACCUCUCCCAGCAAAAUAUUAUAGAUAAUGAACAAAAUGCCAAAAUAAGCCAAAGAAAAACUGACGAAGGUGCAAAAGCUGCUAGAUCGGAUAGCUGCACUCAAACUACAGCAGAUAUAGGCACUCAAACUGAGAUUUUGGAAGAACCUCAACGCAAACACGAAGAAAAACAAGUGCAGGUAAAAAUGGAAAAUGAAUUGAGAGCAGCUCAAGCAGCGGACUCUGAUUUGGAAGGAGUAGGUACAGAUGUAGGUAAGGUUCCCAAAAGGCAGGAGGAAACACUCGCUCUUGAAGGAAGAGCACAAGAACAAACAGAGAUAAGAAAUCUGGAUAAUCAUGACUUCCAUGACAGUCUUGACAGCAUUUUAGAAGAUUCCUUUAUGCGUCUGCCUUUCUUACCCAGAGCAUCUACUCCGACCUUAGAUUUUCAAAAAACACCAUUAAAUACACAGCAGAAUGCUGCUUUUGCUAGUACCAGAGUUUCGUCUGUCACAUCAUCUUCACUGAGUUCAGUGAAAGAUGAUUCUUCAUGCACUGUUGUUAGCAGCCCUACUAGUAGCACCUUUCAAUCUCCAGCAUCUUGUACUCAGGAUAAAAGAACUGUCAAGGAACCAGAGGUUCCAGUAGAAAGAAAACUUCGUUACAAAAAUACGCUGUUAGUGGAUAGGGCCUCCUCUCCUAUUCUUACUCUUAGUGCUAGCCCCAAAAGCCAGAAUGCUUUCAGUAAGCCUACCUGCUCUAUUAAGGAACCUUUGGGAUAUUCCGGUGAUGCUUUAAGUCCCCUUCACAGUCAGAGAAAGCAAAGGUCAGGUCCGCAGUCUGGCAUGGAACCUCACGUGGACAAUUUUUCACAGACUGAAACAGAUAGUGAUUCGAGCACUUCUAGAGACAGCAAGGGUGUAAGAAACACAGCUGGAGGUUUCUCAGAUAAGAAGGCAGUCAAAAAGUUUUUAGGAAAGGAUGGUGCAGAAGAAGAGCAUAGAUACACUGUUGGUGCACACACUACAAUUUGUGCAAAACGACUGUAUCACUCCAGUAGUAUGUUAGAGGUCUCUGGCCAUACAGAGGUUUUAACAGGUGAUCUUAGAGACUGCAGUCCACUGGCACAUUCACUUCAUUGCACGUACAUCACAGGGGGAGGAAGAGGUUCUUUAGGUGGAAUUAGACAUGAAAAUUAUGUUGGUAAUUCUGAUUCUGCUUUGAUUCACAACUGCUCACCUCCAAAAUCUGACUUACUUUUUCAUCAAAAAAGUAGUGCCACGUGUUUAAGUAAGGCAAACAUUAAUGAGUCCUCAGAACCUCUGGUAGAAGCAUCUUCUCUACGAUUUCCUGACUUCUGGAAAAAUGAAAGCAGCUGCCCUCUCCUCUCUGAUGUGAGUGAUGUGCAAACUUCCUUCCAAGAUGACAAUACAGGUUCUGUCACUGAAACUGAAUGUGACACUGAAAUUCCUCUGAAAAAAAAUACUUUUGUAAAGCCUUACAGGCCUCGGAGCUACAGUCUUCGUGACUUACCCAUACACAAUAAAUUCAGCAACUGGUGUGGUGUGAAGGGCGGUCCUUCUCCUUCGUUACUCAGCCUGAGUGGCAGUGCAACUGACUUACAAAGUCAGGCAGAAACUAAGCCUGGAAGCAAACAAGCAGCAGAAAUAGAAGGGAAAUCCCAGCUUUGUGACAGCAAAAGCAGAGAGAUUGAGAGACUUCAGAGAGAACGUGCUCAGAUUAUGUCUGGCAUACACCUGGAUCUGCAUCAGCAUCCCCUUAGUGUGGAGCUGACCGAAGCAAAGCUGAAUUAUGGCAUUGGGGAAACGGAUGCGCUGCUAAGGGUUCUGCAGAGUGGAACUACAGAUGACCUCAUGGCCAUUCCAGUAAAGCAACAACUUUAUGAAAGACACAUGAGGACUAUUGAAACCCUGAGGAAGGAAAGAGAAAAAAGGCUGCAAAGAUACCACAGAAGCCGAAGUCUGAGUCCUCAAAAGCAUUUCAGUCUGUUGCAAACACUGGAUGCAAGUCACAGGGAUCUAGAGCUCCCUAGCAGACGCCGAGAAUAUCUGCAGCAGCUGAGAAGAGAUGUGGUUGAAAAUACAAGAGUUCAAGAACCAAAAAGAAGAAGCAUUCAGCACCCUUCUGAGAUUGAACUGAUGCUCAGAGACUAUCAGAGGGCACGAGAGGAAACCAAAACUGAGAUUGCACGAGCUAGGGACAAACUUCGGGAGAGAGCUGAGCAAGAAAAAAGACGUAUAAGGGAGCAAAUAUUUUCUCAGUUACAGAAGGAAGAAGCAAGGCUGAAGACUCUCGCAAGUACAAGCACUUUAUGUACAGAAUCCAGCCUCAGCCUCUCCUCUGGCCCAACAUCUGGUUACAACAGCAGCAAUACUGCUGCGUAUGCUGCCAGUAAACUCAGCAGCUGGGAUGGACAGGUUUCUUCUGGAAAUGCAUUGCUUUCAAGAGAUGCACGAGGUCGUUCAGCUGUUAGAAACAGUCAACUUUAUAUGCUAGAGCAACUACAGAAGGAUUCAACGUUGGAAGUCAGCAGAAUUCAGCCACCCCUUCCUUCUAAUAGCAUCAGCUGUAGGUUCACCCAUGGAUUAACUAUUUCAGUCAGCUCCUCUUCAACAAAAGGAUACCAAGAUUUAGCCAAACAUAUCUUGGCCAAUGCUACCACUGAGGUAAUGGCAGCAUGCUCUCAUAACCUGAGGAAUCUCUACACGUGCCAAGCAGCAGCUGGUUGGAAAUACCAGUGUACAGAAAAAGAAGUGCUGGUUUACUACAAAGUCUUCCCUUCGGCAACAAAGCAUGGAUUCUUGGGAGCAGGAGUGAUAGAAAGACCUCUCCCGUCAGUGUGGGGACUAGUGAGAGAUCCUGGUAAAAGGCAUCUGUAUGACAGAACCAUCAACACAGCUCGAAUACACAAGAAGGUAACCAGCCACAUCCAGCUGGUAUAUUUAGUUACCGAUACCUCACUGUGUUACCUAAAGCAACCCCGGGACUUCUGCUGCAUCACCGUAGAAGCCAAAGAGGAGAACUUGUCUGUCUUGGCUAUUCAGUCUGUCUAUGAUGCUUCAAUGCCUCACCCUUGUAAAGACGUGGUGAGAGGGGAAAUUCUGCCAAGCGCCUGGAUACUGGAACCUGAUGUAGUGAAUGGAAGAGAGAUCACCAGAGUUAUUUACAUGGCACAGGUGGAUCUUGGUGCUCCAGCUAUCCCAGCAAGGCUCCUGAGUUCCAUUGCAAAGCGCCAGCCUCUGGUCAUUGCCCGACUAGCACACUUUCUUGCUAGUUAGCAUUUAGAAGAAACCAGAAUAUUUAAGAGCGUGUGAAAGAUCAUCAAGAGAAACAAGCAUCGGUAAGGGUAAUGUAAAAUACUGGCUCAUAAGACAGGCACAGUCAAACCUUACUUGAGGAGUCUCGUUAGUAACUUUGGACUAUACAGAGGUACAGUUUGAAGAAAAAAGGAUCAUUUUAGCAAAUGCUGCUUAGAAGAAACCCAGCAAGUUUUUAAUGGGGAACCUGUCUUUCUGGAGACAGAUGUGGAAGAAAUCCCUUUGGAGGAGUUAAGAAGGUGUGCUGCCUCUACCCCCAGCAGAGGAAGAGAAUUCUGUUUACAAUAUCCAGGAUAUUACAUACAGAAGUGUAUUACUUUGUUUUAGUUUCUGAGGAGUUAUAAAGAUCAACAUUCUCUCUUCAAGAAAGUUUAAGCAGCCAUGAGAAAAAGGCAAUGGAAAUGCACUAAAAACUGCAAACAGUACACACAGCUGGAGAGCUUUUACAAGUUCUUAAGCAGAAGUGCAAGGCCACUUCCUAAUACUGAGAUAAGUAUCAAAUACAGAAUUCCUCAAACAGUAAUGAUAUAGACUGCUUGCCAGGCUAAAUGAUUUACUUCCCCUUGAAGGGAGGUCAAAAGCAGCACGAUAUCCAGUAGUCACCCUACACCCUGGUUCGAUUUUUCUCAUCCAGUUGGCUGACUACUUCCGGUAGGCAGCGUAAGGAGUUUCAGAUUGCCACUACACUAUGCAGCAAUAGUGGAAACCACCACACCUCAGGACACAGUUCUACUGCACUGCAGAUUUAGGUGCUUUGAAAUAGAGAAACCAAACUGACAGUUGUAAACAAUAAGACUUUGUCAUUAAUAGGGAAUAGUACUGAGUAAUCAGCUUGUUGCUAGAAUUUCAAUCCUGCAAAUGAGAGUAGCUCCAGCACUUUUCCAUAGUGGCUUUCUCCACCUGCCUUUCUAUACUUAAGCACACCCAAAAGCAUUAAGAUCUGAAAAUCUAGCGCAGACCAUAUUCUUACCAUCAUGCUUCCCUUCACAACAUGAACAGCUGUCUUCACAGCAGCGGAUACAGAGUCUCCCCAUUCAAUUACCUCAUUUCUGUUGAGCUUUGUCCAACAAUCCUGGUAUUAGGCUUUACGUGCUUGGUCACACAUUCCUAAAGUGAAACAAAACCACAAUCAAAUAUCUAAGUAACUUCAUUUAGUUCUUCAGCACAACAGUAAAGAAUCAUUUAGAUAUCUAAGCAAUAAAAGCUGCUAUAAUAUUCUUUCUUUAGCUCAAAAAAAGCCCCCAUUGUUCAAGAAUCUGUUGCACUUGUAAUUUUUCAAGUGAGAAAUGUGUAUUCAAGCAUCCACCUUACCAGAGUCGGCCUCUGCUACUUUAACACACUUACUUUCAGUAAACGAUAUAUUUUCCCAGCACACAAUGAAGCUAGUUGCACUUCUCACCUUUGUGUCACAAGCCAAGAUCUACUUUUAACUAUAUCUUUGCACAGGUGUAAUUUUGGCUCUCAGCUUCUAUGUUACUUCCUGUCAUGAAUAGAUUAAGUUUUAAAAGAGAGAAGAUAGUAGCUGUUUUAAAUUGAUAUUUAAGAAAAUAGCAGUUUUGAGGCAUAUCAGCACAAGGCUCUUUCCCCCACCCUUCCCCAGACUAUACCAGUAGGAAAAUAGGUUUCACUUAUAAAUUUGCUUUGCUUUAUCUUUAGGUGGUCCUGAUUAAAACUUACCACCACUAUAUUACCAUUCCCUUUUGAAGAGGCUCAGCCUUUUCUUAAAAGCCUGCCAAACUGAGUCAUGGCAUGGUUCGCUUCACGCGUUACGCAUCUUCCAUGGCCCCAGCAGCUGCUCAGAAAGACAGCUUUCCACAUUUGCAACCUAUCAUACCUUUUUGUGGGAAGCAAAAAUAAUAAUAAAAAAAAAAAGAUUGUUUAAGGCAAUAUAUAAAAGCCCUAGAAAAAGUGAGUGGAAACUGCAGCACAGGGUAUUGGCUCUGUCCCCCGUGCUGCUUCCAACAGAUUUCAGGCAGAGGUGAGGGAGGUCUUCAUACACUCUACAGGAGAUUUGCUCAGUGCUUCGCUUCUUUUCUUUUCUUUUGGACAUGGCACUAGUGUUAAAGCAGUUUUGUAGGAAAAACAUCAAGGGGGACUCCUGUUGGUCAACAAUACCAGUGCCUAUGAAGGAUAAUGUCUUAUUGUACAGUGCAUCAGAUGUUUAUUUUUAUAUAUACAUAAGAUUGUUUUUUUCUAUGUUUACAAAUUAAGUUAUUUAUAUAUGCUUGUUUUGAAACGUUUUUAUAUGCUAUCAAAGCUAAUUUUUAUUUUUAAUUGGUAUUAAUGUAACUUUUUUUUUAAAAUACAAUCUUCAAUUGAUACUAAAAAGCCUAUUUAUAUGGAUGUUUUCAUUUGCAAAUAUAACAUUUUAUGGUACUUGUUAAUGUAUGGCAUUGGUUUGUUUGGAAGGAAGAAAUAAAAACCUAGCAGAUACUUAAUCUGUUAAUCUACAGUGGGAAAAACCCAACUUCCUGUAAAUUACUGCUGAGCAGUAGAUGACCAGACCAAGUGUAUUGUACCACCUACUGUUGCAUCUCUGCUCUUAAUCAAGAUUGCUAUUUUCAUAUCCACAAUAAAUGGUAUUUUCUACACAAGAAAA